UUCAUUGCUCCUCCGCGCACUUUAGGUAUCCGCACGUUCUUUUCGUCUCUUUCCGUCGUGUGAAUCCAGGAAGAAGUUUUAAGUCCAUCCUUCUCCGUGUAGAAAGCGACAAUUAAUAAAUCAAAAUGCCACAAUCAGGAACAGCACUAGACGAGAAUGUCAAGGAAGAGAUCAGAGCAUUCAAAAUGGAUCAAUCGAAAGUCAAGGUUCCAUGGAUGCUUAUGGAAAUAGUGCAGAAUGACGACCGCAUCGAUGUUGUCAAGGUUACCAAAAAAGCCGGCCCCUCUGAUAAUUUGGAAACCCUCCGGGAAGAACUAAAACAAAGAGAAGUGGUAUAUUUUGUAUUGGACUAUGAACCAUCAGAGGAGAAGAGAGCGAAACACAAUAUCCCUAAAGGCAAGACUUACCCAUUGACAUGCUUUUGGUCAAUGGAAACUGCCAACAUCAAGCUUAAAAUGAAGUACUCAUCCACAGUUGGAACACUGAAGUCGGCAACCAGUACGUUGAAAACGUACCUUGAAGCUCACGAUUUCGACGAUCUCAGUGAAGAAGCCAUCGGAGAUAAGAUUAAGAAUUUUUAAGAUCAAUGCUAAAUAGCUCGUCCAUGUAGCACUCUUUUAUGGUUAUUGAUAGUACAUGUAGUAUGAUCGGUGACUAUGAGGGGAGGUUAAGAAGCUGUUAUAUAUGUUGUACAAAAUACAACCAUUCUCCACAAAGCAAAGAGUGUUAAUUUGUUUCACUUUCCCAAUGUGCAUUUUAUCAUACAUCUGUGUGUUGCAAACACCAACGCUUUUUAGAAAAGCGUUGGGUGUUUGUCCUGGUGAAUCGUGGGGAGGGUGUGUAUCUCAAUUAUAUAGUAUAUUGAAAACAAAAACAAGCAAUUUUUUCUUGAAGGUCAAACCCCAGGUAUAAAUAUAUAUUGACGGUGGUUGGCAUGCUUUGUUUUAGUAGUUAACAAUUUUUUUACAAAAAAUAAAAUAAAACUUAAUAUUGGGCAGCCAUGCUUAAGACGCAUGCAAUGUUCACCCCCACUUGAUUGAAUACAACUGAUUAUGUAACGAUUAUUGUUUGGAGUGACACGCCUUUUGUUUUGAAGUUCAUUUCUCCUACGGUCCAUUUACUGUCGUUGUAGUUUGCUGAAUGAAGCUACAUUUUAAUUUUCUCUUGGAAGUUUAAAAGUUUUGGGUGCCAGUUGUUAAAAUUGUAUAGAAUCAUCAAGCCAUGUUCUGUUAGCAAAAUUUGAUUUGAUUCAAAUAAAAUCAGGUAACAGAUAUCAACAAAUUGGUGUAUAUGGUUCGAUCAUCAUUUGAAAAAAAAAUUAUGUCAAAUUAUGACUUUGAUUGACCUCUGAAAAAUAAGCUUAAAAAUUGAGCAAAUCCAACAGUUGACAAUUUAACAAUACUUAUUCUGAAAGUUAACAUGUUUACAGAUAGAUUUAGAAAUGCUGAGAGAUUGACACUUGACGGCCUGUAGUUUUUUGGAAGUUUUACAGAUAGUUUAUCUUGUGUAAGAAAGUGAAAAACAAGCCCCUCGAACAUCCAGGUCAUUUUGAUGACUGAUUUUCUCACACACCAGGGUGGUUAUUUUCAACUCGAGCAUAAAUUAUCUGCAAAAUUGCAAAAUAACAAAUGGCUCAUCUUUAAAGUGUAAACUAGGGGGAAACAAACAAUUAAUAAAUGUAAAAUAUAAAAUAAAAUGGGUGUGCGUUGAAAAAAACACAGGAAGGCCUGCAGGGCAAUGUGUUUCCGCCAGGUUUAUGCAUGAUUUAAGUUUGCAUUGCGAGGAGAAAUAACAUUUCUUUGCGCAAUGUAAUCACGCACUUGUGAAUGGGUAUGACUGUAGUCUUUCCUGUAUUAUGAAUCUACACGAGCUACCACCAAAGCAUCACUGUGUUUGUGAGCAUUUGUUCUUUGCCUAAGUUCUCAUAUGAAGCGUUACUAGCAGUCUAGCCUGUGAGGGGUUUGUUUGUCAAUAUUUGUUUUGUGGGAACACAAUGGUGGAUACUAUGAAUAUUACCUUGUCUGGGAAAACAGUUGUCUUUUUUAAGGAAACUUAACUCAAUGUGGUGUCACAGGCCCCUUAUAAAUGUACCCUACUGCUUUGCGUUUGCUUGCUUCAGUUCUCUUUAAAGAGAUCCAUGCCAUCUAAAGAAAAUCAGACGUGAUAAGUUUCUACUAACAUAUAAUUUAUAGGCCUACUAGAUAAAAUAUUUCUUCCUAACACACAUUACGGCUACUCUCAUAAGAUCAACUUAAAAAUGAGAAUAUUUGAGUCAGAUUUGUUCAAGUAAUUAUGGAAAUUAUAUGAUAAGUUUUGAUGGAGUAUGCUCAAAUUGUAUGUUCUUUUAUAUACUUAGUUAAUACAUGUAGUUUGUAAUCCGCUUUAUAUUAAAAUGGCCUCCGCAUUCAUUCAUAUGUAUGCACAAAGUCUCACA